AUGCAGAGCCCUGAGGACGCUUCUUCAAACUAUACCUCGAGCUCUUAUUCAUCUUAUGACUAUGAAAAUAGUAUGUCGAGCGCAAAUGGUGUUUUUCCUGAUCCAAAAGCCCAAAAACAAUAUCAACAGCAAAAUAACAAGAGUGUUGAAAGUCAACAACCACCGAAAUAUGUAAGUUACUUAGAAUUCUCUGAAGUACUUAAGCAAUUAAAGCAGUAUCAGCAAGAUUUCCAUGAGGCAGAAGAAACGAUCGAUGCUUUAGAACAAUCAUUAAAAGCUGUAUUAUAUACAGUAUCUAAUGUAACUAAAUACAAAGUUAAUACUAUUGAUGACGCACUUCGUUGCAUUUCAAGUUUCGGUGAUAACAAGGAAUCAAAUGAAAAUGAACGUGUUAAAUAUCUUACAGAGCAACUUGCUUUGGCACGUGCUCAAAUUAUGCAAAACCAAUCACCUUCCAAUAACAAUAUCCAAAUUCAAGAAUUACAAGGAAAACUCAGAGAUAGCCAAAGCAAGAUUGCUUCACUUAAUGAAGAAAUCAAGAAUAUCUCUAAUAGUAAAAACGAUUCUGAAAGUAAUUUACUUUCAAUGAAAAAGAAGCUUGCCCAAGUGAUUGAAGAGAAUAAUACACUUAAGUCAAAGCUCAAAGAUAAAAAGUCUAUCACUAAGAAAGGAAAAUCAUCAAAAGUUUCAAAGAAGAAAGGAAAAGCAGCAAAGAAGCUUCCAAAGAAGAAACCAACAGAAGUCAAUGCUUUGAUGGAAAAGAAGAAUGCUGAAAUUGCUUCACUUGAAACUAGAAUCAAAGAAUUGCAAUUUGAAAUCCAAGCAAAUAGGGAAAACCUUAUUUCAACAUCAACUAUCUCAUCCGAAUCAUCAAGCCAUAGUAUUCUUCUGACUGGCCCUAUUCUUUCUCAGUUCGAAGAGUUAGUUUCGAAACAAAGAGAAGAAAUUCAAGCCCUCGCUGACCAGAGAACGAUUUUGCUUGACCUUGCUCACACAUUAGAAGCUAAUAUUGAAGAAGCUGAAGCUGAGCUUGAAGAUGUCAUUCAGGAGCGCGAUGACCUUGAAUCUGAUCUUAAUUUAGCAAAGAAUGAUGUAGACAUCAUUGAGAAGAAUAAGGAAAUUGCUAUCCAACAGAUCAGAAAUAAUAUCCUUGAGAUGUUACCUUCAGUUAUUUCUUCCAAAUUAUCUUUGAUUCAAGAUCUUCCAGCUGAAAGGCAAAUUGUUGAAUUAUUCGACUUCACACUUCAGGAAAUGGCUGAUAUUACUACUCGCCAAUACGAUAAUAUUUCUGAUGCUAAGAUGCCACAAGUAUUAUCUCAAUUAGAAAACGCCCUCAGAUUUAUUAAGGAUAUGAAGAGCUCCAACGAUACAAAGCCAUUGUUAGCUGACCAAGAGUUUGUCCGUGAUAUCCAAGGACAAAUCAAGAAGAUGCAGGACUUCAUUGACAACAUUCCAAAGGAUCCUUAUGUCAAAGAACCAUCAGUCUUUGAUACAAAAGAUGCUGAACAGCAACUCAAGGCAUUCCUUCAUAUUGCCGAUGAUAAGAUUAACGAAUCUCCACUUAGAGAGCUAUUCGCUUUGUUCAGUGGAUCUGUUAUGGUCAGUAAGAAACUUAUGCAGCGUGUCGCAACCCUUGAACCAUUAAGAGUUUCGCUCGAGAAAUCUAAAUUAGAAAAGUCCGAGCUUAUGAACCUCCUCAAGUCAGAAGCAGCUCAGCAACAGAAGCUUUCUGAUGAAUUGAAGGUUCUUACUAACAAGCAAAACUCUACUUUCUAUCAGAUGAUUGAAGAAUUAAUCCAAAUGUACAAGGAAGCAGAACAACUCAGAAUUACAUCCUACAGAGAACUCCAGACCAUUAAGAAUGAUGUCAAUGCAAUUGAGAAACAAACUGUUGAAGAUAAGUUCACAAAAUCUAAGAAAUUCCUUCAACAAAUUGCACUUCUCAAGCAAAAGAUCGAUGAAAGAACAAUGGAGAACGAAAAUCUUAUUGCUGAAAACGAAAGACUCAACAGGAAGGCUGAAGCUGCCGCUGCAAAGUCAGCAGAGCAUUUCCAGAAUGCAACAUCUUCAAGAGAACUCCUCCAGAUUCAGAAUCAAAGAAUUGAGGAAUUACAGGAUGUUUCCGCCAAAGUCAAAGUUCUUGAGAAAAUCAGACUUGACUUAGAAGAUCAGGUUGCAGAACUCAACCAGAAAGUUGCAACUGUGUUAACAGAGAAGUCAAUCUCUGAUAAGAACAUUGUUGCUCUUCAGAAGAAGGUCACAGAAUUAACAAAAGAAAAAGAAAACAUUACAAAACAGUUGAAGCAGGUUAAGCAAGAAAAUGCUGAAAUUAAGAAGUUAAACAGCCAGAUUCUCCAAGACAUCAGAGCAAGAAACGAAAACUUGGACAACAGAAUCAACAACGAGUUCAAUGAUAUGCAAAACAAGAUGGAAGUUGCAGAGAAGAAAUAUGCCGAUGCUAAAGAAAUAAGAGAUUAUUUCCUUGCUAAGAAGAAAGAUUAUCAGAAACAAAUUGCUAUGCUCAAAGCAAGCGAAAGAACUCUCAAAGUUAGAAUAGAAGAGCUUGAGAAGACAAUUGCACUUGCAAAGAAGCAAGCAGAAGAUGAGUUCAACGCUAAACUUAUCGCAUUGCAAGCCGAUGUUGCUAAAGAAAACAAUUCAAUGAAGGAAUUCAACGUUUGCUGCUGCAAGAGAUUAGUUCAGCUCAUUGAAUCUAACUUCUUGAUUUCAUUGAGUGGCGGAACAAUCGAUCUUUGGGAUAUUGUUAACAUCCUUGAAGAGAACUUGCACUCCAUCAGUGCUGAUGAGCUCUCUAAAGUUACACAUGACAACGCCCAAGUCAGAGCAAUCCUUGGAACAAAGAAAGGAGAACCUGUUUGGGAAAGUGUCAGAGAUCUCAAGGAUGAAUUCUCAGAAUUACUUGAAGAUAAGGAUGAGCUUAUCAAUGAAAUUGCUGACUUACAAGCUAAGCUUUCUGAAGCUAAUGAAAUGAUCAACAAGCUCUUCGUUAAGAAGGAUGAUGCUGAUGAAUGGGAAGCUUGGGCCAAGAAUAUUUACUCUCUUACAAAUGAUGGUGCUGUUUCUGACAACUACAGAUUAGCUCUUGAAGAGAUGAUCCUUUCAGGAAGUGCUAAUAAGACUGUUGCAAGAAGGCUUGAGAUCUUAAGGUCGACAAAGCAAAUGCUCAAUAAUAAGAAAGUUGCAGCAGCAAUCGGAGAUAAAAAUGUUCCAUCACCGAUGUCAAUUAGACCAGCAACUAUUGCAUUUAUGUUUAUUAGGAGAAUUCAAGUCUAUUCGACCACACUUCCUGUUUAUAUCAAGUGA